AUGGCCCGUAAUUUCUACGGGCGCUGCGCGAUCUUCCUGGCGAUCGCGCUGGUCCUGGACGUGGCCGGGCUGGCCUUGCUGUUGGCGGGCGGCGUGGGGAAACCUGCUGUGGACGGGCGCUCCUUUAAAGACUUCUUAAUGCUGUCCGGAGGGCUGCUGCUCUUCCUGUCUCUGCUCUGCUGGCUCUUCUGGUAUUCGGGAAACCUGCGCGGGGUGCCGGUGGAAGAACUGCCUCCCGGGAUGGCCGCGAGUUCUCCCGAACCCCGCCGCCACCCCAGCUUCCUGCGCUUGGCAGCCAAGCUUUCCGAGCGCCUCUCCCAGCGUCGCCGGCCGGCGCUUGCGCCCUCCUUGUUCUCUGCCUGUGGCGCCCCAGCGAAGACCCCGAAAUCCGCAGCCUCGCUUCGUCCCGACGGGCCCCUGGAACUGGGCCGCCUCCGCGCUGGGGUGCCUGUAAACGCUGGGACAACGGCGGAGCGGCUGGUGUAA